AUGGCUGACGAAAUCGUACAAGCCGUCGACCCGAAGGGUGAUGUUGUGCUCGUUCUCCGCAACCCCAACGCACCCUUCGCAGUCUGGGAAGACACUGGCUGGGUCCCACAGUCCAAGACUGGCGAGGAUAAGAGCACGAAAAAGGUGCACCCAGAAGAGCCAGCACUAUUAUCUCAUAACACCAAUGUCCACCAAGAAUCCGAAACCAAAUUACUCCUCUCAUCUCGGCACCUGAUCUUGGCCUCGCAUUACUUCGACAAGAAACUCAAUGGAACCUGGAAAGAGGCUACACCUCAUCCCACUGACGGACGCUACCACCUGGAGGCUUCAGACUGGGAUUCCGAUGCGCUGCUCAUUUUGAUGAACGUCAUUCAUGGUCGAACGAGGAGUGUUCCCCGCCACGUUGACUGCGAGAUGCUAGCCAAGAUUGCCGUUCUCGUUGAUUAUUACAAAUGCCACGAAGUCGUUGAGGUCUACUCUUCAAUCUGGAUUGAUGCGCUGAAGAAUCAACUCCCUUCCGAAUGCACCAGAGACCUCGUGCUAUGGCUCCUGAUCGCAUAUGUCUUCCGAGUAGACGACGUCUUCGCGAGUAUUACCAAGACAGCAGUUCUGAAGGGCCAGGGCCCAAUGCCUACCAUGGACCUUCCGAUCCCACCGACUGUGAUCGAUUUAAUCGACUGGCGUAGACAACAUGCGAUCGCGUUCAUUUUGAACACUCUCGGCGACUUGCUUGUAACCUUACGCAAGAGCCCAGGGGCAUACAAUGAUAUGUCCACCUGUAUGACUCUGGGUGCUCUGGACAGAGCAAUGUACAAAGAGGGACUGCUGGGAUUGAGUGAGCCAUACCUAGGUCAUGGAGUGACUAGCCUCGAGACUACCGUACGCGGCUUCGACUCCACUACUUAUGACCCCUAUAGAAGCUCGUACCACUAUGGUAGUGGCCAACUGUCGAGAAUGAUCGAGGGUCGGUUGGAUUCCAAGUUUGCGAAAAAUAAGGAAGGAUUCAGUCUCGCUGAGGUUUCAGUGUCCGAUGUUUCGCGUCGCUAG